AUGCAUCGACUUGGGCAAUCUUUUGAUAGAAUUUUUAAACGCUAUAAAUGCUGGGGAGAAGUUCAUUCACUUGAACACUGUCGAGAAAGUUGGCAUAAAAUUCAACGUCUUUUCUUUUCUUUAUCAUCAAAUUCGAUUCGAGCGCCGAGGCAUUAUGUGAUUUUUUCGCACGGAAAUCUUCUCAGUGGCAUUGUGACAUAUCUGAUGUCCGGUGCAUCAUGGGAUCGAGGACAUUGGGGUAAUGUGGCACCACAUUGUUCAGUAUCGGUUUUAUCUUAUAAACCGGGAAAUCUUCUGCCAGAAAUUGUUUUAACACCUUUUCAAAUAUUGAAUCAAUCAUUACCUAUCACUAUUAAUAAUAUAAAUCCGAGAAAAAUGCGAUUGCAUGAAAUCACCUCUACGGGAACUAUUGACGAACAGACUUGGUCAUCAAUCAUAAAUUCAAUUAUCCCCGAACGUGUUAUCGGCUCAUAUACUGAUCAAUUUUCACGUGUACUCAGAUUCAUUCCUGGAAAUAAAGAAGAAGAACAGUAUAUGUUAUCUAUUUUUCAGCAGUAUUGUUCACAGAUAAGAACAACACGUGAAAGAUUUGAUUCAAAUUUCGAUAGUGACAACGAAGAUGACGAUACUGAUGAGACAAAUGAACAACAUACCUAA